ACAUAUGUCUCUCCUUCCAUUUAUAUAAAAGCUUCACAUCAGGCUAGGGUUUGUGGCUAUUUCCUCUACUGAAGCGAAGCAGCAGAUCUGGGUUAAUCGCAGCUUCUCCACAUCCAAAUUCGCAACUUUAGCCAUGUCUCUGAUAGCAAAUGAGGAUUUCCAGCAUAUUCUGCGUGUGCAGAACACGAACGUGGAUGGGAAGCAGAAGAUCAUGUUCGCCUUGACCUCCAUCAAGGGUAUUGGUCGCCGAUUUGCCAAUAUCGUUUGCAAGAAAGCCGACAUCGAUAUGAACAAGAGGGCCGGUGAGCUCUCAGCUGCAGAAAUUGACAGCUUGAUGACGAUUGUUGGAAAUCCUCGUCAAUUCAAGAUCCCCGACUGGUUUCUGAAUAGGAAGAAGGAUUACAAGGAUGGGAAGUAUUCUCAAGUGACUUCAAAUGCUUUGGAUAUGAAGCUCAGGGACGAUCUUGAACGUUUGAAGAAGAUCAGGAAUCACCGUGGUCUACGUCACUACUGGGGUCUUCGCGUGCGUGGACAGCACACCAAAACCACUGGCCGCAGGGGAAAGACUGUUGGUGUCUCCAAGAAGCGAUGAGCCUCAUCUUUUCAUACCGUUCUCUUUGGCGUUUUGUAAGGAUAUUUGCUGCUGCUUACCGAAGUUGUUACAGUUAGUAAUUUGCUUAUUUGGACAUCUUUACUAUUAAUUAUAUCUAUUUUUGUUCAUUUUUUAUGUUUUUGGAUUCCAUUAAAUCUUGUGGCAAAAUCAUUAGAUUUAUGAAUGAGUUUAGUUGUCUAAUUAACCUUGUAAUGUCCCCUUUUUGGAAUAAGUAAUGCUAUUUAUUACA